UCCUUGGUUGUUACAGGGUUCUUCUAGUGCCUCAUUCCCUGAAACAACAUGGCGUUGUAUUUGAGUGGUUUCUGGCGUCACCUCCUGUCGGAUUACAGUUUGUUGCUCGUGCUGGUCGACAGGUUGGUGGUGUGCUACUCACGGGGAGGCGUGCUUCUGGUACAGGUGACGUGAUGCCUCAGUAUAACAUGAACUAUGAAGGCAGAAGAAGAGGAACACGUCCUUACUCCUGUAAAACCAACUGCCAAGUCAAUGGUCAGGUUCCAGGCACAGAUUUGGUAAAUGGAGUUGGUCACAAUGGCUGCCCAACUGCAGCUACUAAAACCAGUGAGAGGACAUCAAAUGGCACAGAGAAUGUUAACAGGCCACAGUGCAUGGUUAAUGGUCAUAUUAACCAUGAGUGCAAGGACUAUGGUGGAAAAAGAGUGCCACGAAGGACAACCAAGAAACAAGGAAGGGUGAUUUCAGCUUUCAAUGAUGCCUCAGCAUCUGGCAGGGUCAUCAGUGCAGGUGUUCCAGGUGGUGUCUCAGUGAAUGGGGAUGCAGUCGCUUUGCCCUGUAAUUCUUAUCGAAUGAAUCCAGAGCAGAGUUUCAAAGAAGGCACAAAGAACCGGGGAACAUGGACGAGAUUCAGACACAAGAAGAGAGGCCCUAAAGUCAAGAAGCCAAAGAUACCCAUAUCCCCACCGACGGCGCCACAAGAGGAAGAAGACUGGGAGAAGGACAUCAAGGAGAUCACUGUGACCAACUGGGAAAAGAUGUCUUUUGGGAUCUGUCCCUAUGGUCCAGACGAUUUGCUCAGUUUCAAUUUGCGGGAUUUGACACUAAGGCAACUGGACACAGUCCCCCCGCCAGUGACAGCCGAAUACAACCCAGCCGCACGUCACCCACGCCCACUCAAAUGGUCCCACUACAACAUUCCCACCGAGCCAGAGCAGUUUGCAGAUGCUGAUGAGUAAGCCACAUGUAUGCUGUUAUGUUAAAGGUUUUUUAACAAGCAAUGAUGUUCACAUACAAAAAAAUAACUUAGAAGUUCUGCUGUUAAUGUGGUUCACUUUUUUUGGCGUUGUGCAGAUUUUCUGGUUGUAUGACUGAUUUUGGGAUUCUGGAUAGUUCCCACACUUACGGAUAUUUGUUAAAUCAGGGUUUUUUUCCUCUUCAAAAGCAUCGGUGACAGCCAUUGAUUUCAGAACAUACUUAAGUUUUUAUCAUCUUUGCAAAGCUUCAAAAUCAAAUCGCUUGUUGUAAUCGUAGGAGGGGUCUGCUUUGUAGUCUGGCUGAUUCUUUUAUUGUAGGUUUUAUUUUGUAAUUUAUUUUCAGAUUUUACAUUCAUUUAACAUUGUAUUAAUCUGUUGAGCUUAUGUGAUCUUAAGAAAUGAUUUUAGCUUUCUACUAAAUGUUUCUGUUGCUGCUUUCUGAAAAUGCUUUGGCUGUACUUCCAUCUCAUUCUUUCAUAUUUUCACUAGUCUAAACUUAAAGAACUAAACAAAUGUUUUAAUCUGAAUGUUUUGUAUUUGGUUGUUUUUAAAUGCCAAGAAUACGUUUAACUUCUGAGUUGUCAGAUUAAUUUUAUUGAUUAUAAAUUGAAAAUUUUUACAACAAGCACGAAGCAGCUUUUUAAUUUGGGGAACAAAUAAUUGUAACAGCAAACACAGAUAGUUACCUGCCUGUUCAAAAAUUCAGUUUCAUUUUCACACAAUAAAUCCAAUGUUCUUCUA